CCCUUCUUUCCCUUGUCUAAUAACUACCUAGGUGCCAUAAUAAGCCUCUCGUUAGUGGCUGUCCCUGUCCUCCUUGACACAACAGGCACAUCCCCUCAGCUCUUCCACCAAUAGGUCCACCUCUACCAUUAUAGCUACUGCGUGCUUCCUAGCCUUUCCCUUGGGACACUGGCGCUAUACGCCUUUGCUAGUGUUCUCAGUUGGGCCGCUGGACGCCCAUGGGCUGUAUAUGCGCUUGUAGGGGCUAUCACGGUGACCAUGAUUCUAUUCACAUGGAUCUUCAUGGCCCUGACCAAUAACACACUCUUUGAGCUCUACACUAGUGGCCAAUCGUGUCUGCCUGUUGACUGCUCCUGGGCGAAGAGCCUGCUGAGGAGGUGGAGCCAACUGCAUCUAACAAGGUCCCUGUUCCCCCUGACAGGGGCUGUGGUAGGGCUU